CAACUCCCAGAGCAGGAUCCCUGGAAUUCUACCCUGUCAGCUGCUGCUGUUGCUACCGUUCUCAGGACCCUCACCAUGAAAGGCCUUCUGCUGAUCACCUUGUCUUCUCUGCUCUGCUGGGUCUCAGCUGACAUUCGCUGUCACUCCUGCUACAAGGUCCCUUUGCUGGGCUGUGUGGACCGGCAGUCCUGCCACCUGGAACCAGGACAGCAAUGCCUGACAACAAAUGUGUACCUCGGGAAGAUGUGGGUUUUCUCCAACCUACGCUGUGGCACACCAGAAGAGCCCUGUCGGGAGGCCUUCAACCAAACCAACCACAAGCUAGGCCUGACCUAUAACACCACCUGCUGCAACAAGGACAACUGCAAUAAUCCAGCCCCUCGGCCCACCCCGGCCCUGGCCCUUGUCCUCCUUACCUCCUUGGCUGGCCUUAGCCUCUGGCUGUUGCACUGAGACUCACCCCAUGGCUGCCCCUCCUCCCACCUGCCUUAGCCUCUCUUCUUGUGUCUUCAUAUCCUCUGCUUCCUUUUGCUCAGAAAAGCAUUUCUCCAGACCCUUCACAUUUCUUUAAUUAGACGGUGGUCCCCCGAUCCAUCCUUCCAUCCCACACCCUCCACUCUGCUUCUCUGGAGUCUCUUUCCAUUUCCCUUGACACCACUCCAGAUCCUCCAUCGUCUCCUAGAAGGGCUCCGCACUUUGCCUCCUGAACUCCCCUGUGCCCUAUGUGAGGAGGGAUUGGAAUCUGGGCCUGAAAUGGGGUUUCUGUCCUGUCCCCAGUGAAGGCUCCCAGGAAGGACCUGAUGACCUCACUGUAUGAGCUGAUUCUCCAAACCCUGGCUCCCAUACGUACCUCAUCCCCUUGCUCACCCCUUUCCAUUUUGAGUAAUAAAUGUCUGUAUAUGAUCA